AUGCCAUUGGCCGAGUUCGAUUCAACAAUACCGGCGGCGUUUGACAAUAUUCAAAUCGUCUUAACACUUGCGGUUUUUAUUGUUAUGAUAACUCUUGUCUCAUUAUGCACUUGUUGUGGAAAUGUCAAACAGACCAGGUAUUUUAUUUUUUUGUUGAAAAUUCUAUAAUUUUUUCUGUUUCUGUAGAAAAGAGGAGACUGAUGAUUGUGAUUAUGGAGUGGUGACAGUUGCCGCCGUUUCAAAUUCGAUCAAUAAACAACCUGUUCACACGGUCAAUUUUCGGGAAAAUACCUCCAAGAGGCCACAAGAUCGACACUCUCAACCAGUCACUAAAAUGGUAAGAUUUUUGGGGGAAUUUAUUCAAAAACUAAAUUUUUUUAGAAGAGAUAUACAGAAAAAUUAAAUUUGAAAAUUGAAUUUACUGGAUGUUUAUGCAUCAGAUUGAAAAUUCAAGCUACUCACUUGACUCAAGUGGCAUUUUUUGAAGAACAAAAAACACACGAUCUUAAAAAGUCAGAUGUAAACGUUGUUGAGUGAAUUCGAGCUUUAGCUGAAUUGAACUACGAAAAAAUUAUACAGAUCAGGUCUGACAGAUUUGUAAUUAUUACUUACAUUUAGUAAUCAACCUAAUAGUUUAUUUUAAAGAAAAAACAGUAAAAUUAUGAGAUACCGUGAUAGAAAAAUUUUGAACAAGGCAAUCCCUGAAAAUCACAGAACUCUAAACCCACAUCAAGAAACCAAGCUCAUAUUUUCAGAAUCAUAUGUCAUUCAAUCGUCAAUCUGCACCUGGUCGAGCUCUUCCAAAACUACCCGCAGAUCUUUACACAGCAAUCGAUAAAAAACCAAAAGCUGAUGAUAUUCGAUUUGCUGAUGAAACCAUAAACCCAAUGUAUGAAUGCAUUGACGCUGAAACUGAUUCUUUUGUCGAUCCACUUUAUUCGAAAGUCGGUGCACCUGGAACAUCAAAAGAUAUCAGAUAUGAUUAUCCAAUAUUUUCGGGAAGACCAAAAGAAGAUAUGGUAUAUCAAAGUGCUUCACAAAUUUAUGCAGCAGGAAGUGAAGAUCCGUAUAGUUCAAUUACAUCAGAACGUGAAAGAAAUACAACAUUUGUUGAUAAAGAUGGAGACAAUAGCAGCACUUAUGAUCCAGGAUAUGCUAAAGUCAAUUUGAAUAACAAACCUAAAAUCGCUGGAAAACAACAAAGAAUCGAGAGAUCUGAAAGAGAAUUGGAUUUGUUAUAUUCAAAAAUACGUCGGAAUGUUCCAAAUUAUGAUGAUCAACCAGGUCCAUCCAGAAUUGAACCGAUUCUUCCAACUCAACCAACUUUGAUACAAAAUCCAAAUAUUGAACAAUUUGAUGAACAACAAUCAGCUGUUUCAAGUAGAGAACCUUCAUAUAGAUAUAUUACUAUGAGGUAAUUACAUUUUUAUUUUAUUGUAUGAAAAAAAUGAUCAUAAAAUUAUAGAGAAAGUGCCGACGUUUUACGAGAGCGUCUUCGUCAACAAGGUCAACUUGAUCGACCGAUUAGGGAGCAUUAUUAUUCAACAAUCGGAAAUGAAUAUGAAACGGUAAGGGAUCACAUUUUUCUAGAUUACGAGAAAUAUUCUAUAACAGAUUGCAAAUCGUGCCGAGCCCUUAAUCGUCACCACAAUCUCACCCCCACCCGAAGUUGAUAUCCCACCACCACCAACCUCACCAAUCCCGGAACGAAGUCGACCUGUGUCAUUCAUUGAGCCGAUUCCAUCGCCGCCCGAUUUGCGAUGCUCACCAGUGCCGCCGAAACCGGUUGAGCAGACAUUUUCGAUAAAAAAUCGUGAGUUUUUCUGGAAAGUCAGAAUUGAUUUCGAAAAAUUGAAAGGAAAUGAGAGAAUGACAGAAAAAUAUGAGAAAUUGUGAAAAUGGCUAAUCGAUUUCGCAAUAAUUUUUAUGGGAUUUUUUUUUUGGUUUUAGUUUUUUUAAUAGAAAAAAUAUAAGGAUCAAUACAUACAUUGAAAAAAGAAAAAAGGAAAUUGAAAUCAUUCAAGAAAUGUUCUUUACUUCAGUUAAUUCGGUGUUUGGCUUGAAACUUUGAAACACCAUAUGUAGAGCUUAAAAUUUGAAGCAACGAAUAAGUUGAAUGAGGUCAUCAAUAAAGAUACUCUAGAAUUAGAGUCCAAACAAACAGAAACUUUAAGAGACGUUUUUUGUAAGAACGGAAAACAGGCUGCGCAAGCAAAAAAAAAGUUUUGCUGAAAACUUGUUUAAUGAUAGCCCCAUGGAUGGGCAUCAAUUUGCGCACAAUAUUACUGCUCAAAUCAGCUUCACCAUUGUGGUGUGAUGGGUGAAAGCUGUAUGAGCGAUCACUGGAACUUUCCUCUCCGUUGAUAUUUUUUGAUGAUCUCAACGCCAAAAUACUUCUCUGGCUUAGAAAUGAUUAUUAUGUUCUCGCCAUGAAAAUUGCACCAUUUCUAAUGGUGAAAAUACACCACUUUGGCGAAAAACACCAAUGUUAUGGUGUUGCGGUUGAAUUUCGCACUCUCGCACUGCUUUUAUCGGAUUCCUCGUCAUUUUUUACAUACCCUACAAAAAUAUGAGAAAAAUAAACCUUACCCCUUUUUGGCAAUUCCACCCCAAAGUUAGUCACCCAAGGUGUGCACCACAGCAUUUUUUGUCAAAAUCACUCAAAUUUUCGAUAUUUUUGGUCAAAAAAGUUAUUUUAUGGCUUAGAGUUACUUUUAUGUGAAAAUUAGAAAGUUUUUUGGAAGGAAACGUGUUAUUACACGCAUUUUACGUGAAAAAUCACGUGAAUUUUUUUUUCGAAAAAUAAGUUUAAAAACGUGUUUUCUGGGGUUUUUGACUAUGAGAAUCAACGAGGUAACAUUUAUUUUUAUUGAAAUUUCCAUUUACAAUGAGUUUGACAAUACUCUAAAAACUUCACUUGCUAGAGUUCAUUUUUAUGAUAUUUCUGAAAAUUGCUAAAUUUGAAAUUUUCAAGAAAAAUAAAUGUUACCACGUUGAUUCUCAUAGUCAAAAACCCCAGAAAAACACGUUUUUAAACUUAUUUUUCGAAAAAAAAUUCACGUGAUUUUUCACGUAAAAUGCGUGUAAUAACACGUUUCCUUCCAAAAAACUUUCUAAUUUUUACAUAAAAGUAACUCUAAGCCAUAAAAUAACUUUUUUGACCAAAAAUAUCGAAAAUUUGAGUGAUUUUGACAAAAAAUGCUGUGGUGCACACCUUGGGUGACCAACUUUGGGGUGGAAUUGCAAAAAAGGGGUAAGGUUUAUUUUUCUCAUUUUUUUGUAGGGUAUGUAAAAAAUGACGAGGAAUCCGAUAAAAGCAGUGCGAGAGUGCGAAAUUCAACCGCAACACCAUAACAUUGGUGUUUUUCGCCAAAGUGGUGUAUUUUCACCAUUAGAAAUGGUGCAAUUUUCAUGGCGAGAACAUAAUAAUCAUUUCUAAGCCAGAGAAGUAUUUUGGCGUUGAGAUCAUCAAAAAAUAUUAACGGAGAGGAAAGUUCCAGUGAUCGCUCAUACAGCUUUCACCCAUCACACCACAAUGGUGAAGCUGAUUUGAGCAAUAAUAUUGUGCGCAAAUUGAUGCCCAUCCAUGGGGCUAUCAUUAAACAAGUUUUCAGCAAAACUUUUUUUUUGCUUGCGCAGCUCCUUAUUCUAAAAUUUCCCAAAUUACAAAAAACGUCUCUUAAAAUUCAGAAAAUAAACUAUUUCGCAAUACAUAUAAACUUUUAUUCCAGGAACUGAAGAACCCUUGACAUUCCGAAGUUUGGAAACAUUGAUCGGAAGAAGAACGAUGGAAGAAAAAGAAGUCAUAAUUGAACAAAAAUCCAUAGUAGCGUGAGUUAUCUUUCACCACCCAGUAUUUCAAAAAAAAAACAUAUUUUUCAGAGUUGGUGUACCGAUUCCAUCAACAUCAUAUUCAAGUACUAACAAUAUUAUGAGUCGCAGUAUGGAUAGUGAGUUAUUUGAUUCGACAGAUAAAACAUUAUUUAACCUAAUUUAAUCUUUUUUUAGACUCUUGGAGUUCUCACAAUUCCAAUCCAGUUCACGAAGUUACAAUCCGCCGACUUGAUCGACCUUAUGAAGGUCCAAGUGUUGAUUCAAUCAUAUCAGGUCGAAGAUAUCGAAGUGGACAAGGAUUGGCAUUAGAUGAUAAGGCUGUAGAUCCAAAUGAGAGCAAAGAGCAGACAACACCAGAAAAACCGGAGAAUCCAUCGGCACCGGAAUCUGCUAGACCGAAAAGAAAAACUUCACGGCAAGAAUCCGAAGGUAUAUGAACUUAUUUUGGAAUAUGGGUUUCUAAUGUUUUUUUCAGAAGAAAAAAUCCGACGACUCGGCACAAUUUACACUGGAAAUGAUUAUGUUUCAUCUGUUGAUUUAACUGCUGAAAGACCGUGGCCGAUGAACAAUCAAUAA